GAAGCAGCGCAUCGUUUGCUUAAGAACACUCUGAAUCUGAAACCCAAUCACAACAAUUAUUCUGAAUCAUUUCAACAAACUCCAUAUAGGAAUUCCCAAAGCAACCAUGUAAUAAUUAAUAGACCAAGAGCAGCUGGACCCUCCGGGUAUGGAAGGGGAUUCAUUGACAAUUCAAGUCCCUACUAUGGAAAUUAUAAUAAUCCCCGAGCCAUAACAGGUCCUCCUAGAUCUGCGCCUUCUCAGUAUGAAUUCCAAGGCAACAGACAGAAUAUCAAGGCACAAGAUAGAUACUCAAGGGCUGGGAUGUCUGCUUUGACAAUUGAUGAAGUCAGAACCAGGCCACAAGCAAUGAUGUCUCUGAUGACGCCAAAUUCAGGACAAUUGCAAAAUAAUGGGAACCAGUUUGUGCAAAACAUGGCUUCACUUCCAUCACCACCUCCCAAGUGGAUCAAUAGACCGCCUAGUAGUUCUGGAAUGUACUAUGACCAACAACAGAAGUCAACAGCUUCAACAUAUGAAGCUCAAGUGAAGAAAGUUUAUCAAGUGAAGGGUCUGGCGCCCCCAGAAUCUGUCUGAUUGAAGUGGUGUGAUAGUAUCAUGUUUAUUUUCAGUUCAUGGGUACCCUCGAUGUAAUCUCUUCCAUUUGAGCAAGUUUAUCGAAAUCUCAGGUAUCCUGCACUCUUUAUGCCUAAUUCAAGAAUUUGACAUCGACAGAUCCAAUGAAGACGUAUCAUCUUCUAGUGCAACAAAAAAAGAACUGCCUGAGCAAAUCAACAAUUGUAUACAAGAGCAGGAGUGUCGGUUUGAAGAUCAAAUUUUCCAAAAUGUUGUUCACCCAAAUUUUUUUUUCCUUUCCAAGAUGUGACAUGGAUUAAGUAGUGUUCCCAUAGAAUCAGGAGGAAAAAGUGGGAAAUUGCACAAGUUGUACUGUUGUACCAUAUCUGACAAUAUAACACCCCAGCCUCUUCUAACCUUCCCUUAUUUCCUAUGUUGUUGAAGAGGAAUGUAAAGAAAUGUACACUCUGGGCUUUAGAUUUAUUCUGUUAUAAUUUUAAUGGCAGGUUCUUGUCAGGAAAAUUGAGGAGUAAUGUUAGACACAUUUUCAAUUUAUGGGAAAGAAUUUGAUCGAUACAAUUUGUUAA